UGGGGAUUACGUAUUUAGGGACGAUUCAUGGCAAUAGCAUGACAUCAUCGAAAACUCCUUUAAUUAGUGUUGUGUACUUGUUGUAUUAUUAUCGCGCCUCAGUUGUUGUGUAUAUCUAAUUUACAUAGUCCUUUGUACACCGGCGUGAUUGAGAUGGCAGGAAAAACCAUUGAUGAGGAGCAUGUUCGACUUUUUUCAGACCAGGCAGUAUUUGGAUAUGGUACAAGUAUCCCACCCAACAACAACGAAUAUGAGGGAAAUGAUGCUUCCAAAAAGGUGAUCUUCUGCGUACAUGGAAAACUCUCAGGAUGUUGUACGGUUGUCAAAGGGACAGGUCUAGACGAAGAAGUUCUGUCAGCCGAUUAUCAGCAGAAUAUCGGCCAAUUUGAAGAUCACUGUCACAGAGAUCGCAAUGAAGCCACUGAUAAGAAAGCCCGAAAGAAGCUGAUCAUAGCCUGCGUAUUGUGUGUUAUAUUCAUGAUAGCAGAAAUUGCCGGUGGUAUAUUAUCAAAUAGUUUGGCAAUAGCAACAGAUGCAGCCCACCUGCUUACAGACUUUGCAUCAUUCAUGAUAUCAUUGUUUUCAAUAUGGGUGGCUGGUAGACCAGCUACUAGAAAAAUGCCCUUUGGAUGGUACCGAGCAGAAGUAAUAGGUGCACUCACGUCUGUAUUAUUGAUAUGGGUGGUAACAGGCAUUCUCUUUUACCUGGCCAUCGAGAGAAUCAUUCAUAAAGAUUUUCAACUCGAUGCUGAGGUCAUGCUCAUUACUUCUGCGAUUGGAGUUGCUGUUAAUUUAGUGAUGGGACUGACACUCCAUCAACAUGGCCACAGUCAUGGUGGCGGCCAUGGUCACAGUCAUGGACAUGGAAAGCACCAAGGUGAUGACAAGAAUAUAAAUGUCCGAGCAGCUUAUAUUCACGUUUUAGGUGACUUCAUUCAAAGCACGGGCGUCCUCGUUGCAGCCUUAAUUAUUUAUUUCAAGCCCUCUUGGAGUAUUGUAGAUCCAAUUUGUACUUUCUUGUUUGCUAUUCUAGUCUUGUUCACAACAGUGACCAUUAUCAAGGAUGUGAUGAAUGUUCUUAUGGAAGGAAUACCAAAGGGCUUUGAAUAUUCCGCCGUUGAAAAUACCUUUAUGGGUAUUGAGGGAGUCGUCAAAGUGCAUAAUUUAAGGAUUUGGGCAUUAUCACUUGAUAAAACAGCACUCUCUGCACAUCUCGCUAUAAAGACAGAUGCAAGUCCACAGGAAAUUCUUCGGACUGCAACAAGAAAUAUCCAUGACCACUACAAUUUCUUUGAGAUGACUCUUCAAAUUGAAGAAUUUAACGAGAAAAUGGAAAACUGUAAACAGUGCAAAGCAUUACAGUAAUUUCAUUUUUUAACGAUGCCGCACACUGGAAUCGCUCUUUGUAAUUAAAGAUAAAACUGCAAUAGCAUUAAAAAAAUUAAAUACAGUGA